AAUACCAUGCUCCCCAUGUCUCUUUUACAAGCUCUCAGAAAUCCUUCUCUUCUUCUUUUCCUUUUAUUUCCCCUCCACCAACUACCAAAAGCAAAAUGAGAAGUUUUCCCAUUCCCACCACAUUAGCACCAACAACUUCAACAGUAGAAACAACAAGAAUAACAUCAAGCUCAACUUCAUCACCUCUUGCCUCUCCAUGGCACUCUCCUGUUCCUUACCUCUUUGGAGGCUUAGCCAUCAUCAUGGCUCUCAUAUCCAUGGCACUGUUCAUUCUUGCUUGCUCCUAUUGGAGACUCACAAGGACUACCCAGCAAACUGAUUUGGAGAGCAAAGAAGGUGAUGAUGACCCUCGAGAAAAGGAACAGCCUUUGGUCUAUGAGGAGAAGAUCUUGGUCAUCAUGGCUGGAGAUCACAAACCAACCUUCUUGGCCACCCCAUCUUCAAAUACCAAUUUCCACAAACACCUCCAAAAUUUUGAAAUUUCAGACAACAAACGUGUUGUUCUUGAUGAUGAUGAACGUAAUCAACAACAACAUAGUCAGUGAAAAAUAUGAGUUUAGAUCCUGUCUGUGCUCUCCACCACGAUUUUGUCUGCUUAUUCUCUCUUGAUGAGUGAAUGGGGUUUAAGGUUCUGUGCAAGUCCUGUAGCUUAAAGACUGAACACUGAUGAAAUGUCGUUCCAUUUUUGUUUA